AUGACUGGCAAACUCACAAUGAUGGCUGUAGUGAGAACAUCUCUGCAGAAAGUUGGAAUGUUUUUGUAGCAAUUGCAAAUGAUGGCAAUUUCCUCUCCACCUUAUCAGAAACUGCGUAAGGAUAUCUAGGCUGAAAUUGAUGCUCAUAAUGACAUCUUUAAGAGUAUUGAUGGCAACAGACACAAGAUGAUGAAAGUUUUGGGAAAUUCAGAGGAAGUUGCCUUGCUUCAGCACCGACUUGAUGAUAUGAACCAACGAUGGAGUGACCUAAAGAACAAAUCUGUCAAUAUCAGUCAGGGUCAUUUGGAAGCCAAUGCAGAACGUUGGAACAGGUUGCCAGCAUUAUUAGAAGAACUAAGUAAGUGGUUGAACCUCAAGAACGAAACGCUAUCCAGACAGAUGCCCAUUGGAGGUGAUGUUCAAACUCUACUGCAACAAUUGUUGGAAUUUAGCUGUCAAUGA